AUGGAUGAACCAUGCGAUGAAGAUAUCAUCACCAAGAUAAAAGAAUCCAGAAGGGCGAACAUUGUUGUUACUGUUACACCUGAGAAUUCCGACACAGAUGAAGAGCCAUUAAAUGAAGAAGAGGCAAAAGAGAUGACAUUGACCAAUCCAAUGCCCAGGUUCUCGAUUUCAAUAUUCAUCAGGAUGCAUCCAAAGCUCCAGCUCCGAUCAUUGUGCAACUUCACAUAUGAACAGUUGGAAUACCUCGCUGACAUUAUUGAAUCCAACUGUGGAAGGGCCAGAAGAGGAAGGAAGGUCAAAUUUUCAACAAUCGAGUCUCUCUUCCUCACGCUCACAUAUUACUGCACAUACUUGCCCUAUUCAGCAUUAUGUCCGUUGCUACAUAUUUCCCAGUCAUGCUAUUCCAAAUUAGUUACAUGA